GAUAAAUAAGCCAUGGCGCAAUGAAUACUCAAUCGAUUACCAACUUCUUUUAGCUGCUAAAAUGGCUUCUCGAAAGAACAUUCUCCUAGUCAUUGCGGACGACCUAGGCCGCUCGUUAGGCUGUUAUGGAGAGAAAGCCAUCAAAACGCCUCAUAUCGACGCGCUCGCCACAAAUGGCACCUUAUUUGAGAAUGCUUUUGCCAGCACGGCAUCGUGCAGUGGGAGUCGCUCUGUGAUCUACACUGGCCUGCACACGCAUCAAAACGGCCAAUAUGGAUUGAACCAUUUCACGCAUCACUUUAUGACCUUCGAUCACAUCCAAACAGCGCCAAAGCUCUUGCGCGACCAUGGCUAUCUGACUGGAAUCAUUGGGAAGAUCCAUGUAGGGCCUCCUACUGUUUAUCCUUGGGAGGUCGUGGUAGAAAGCCCAAGCCGGGACGUGGCAUGGGUGGCGGACGAAGUUGAGUCGUUCCUGGACCUGGCGCAAGACAAGGAGCGUCCUUUCUUUCUUACAGUCGGAUACAUGGAUCCUCAUCGGGACUCUACACGAGGCGGGUUCGGGAACGGUGAUGAUCAGGUGUCAUCUGCGGAUGAGAUCUACGAGCCCGAACAGGUGGUGGUUCCUGAUUUCCUGUCCGAUAUGCCCGAGGUCCGUCAAGAGCUGGCUGAAUACUACCGUUCUAUUGCGAGAGUGGAUCGCGGGCUCGGUUUGAUCAUGGACGCUUUGCGGAAGUAUAACGUGGAUGAUGAGACACUGGUUAUUUUCCUCAGUGACAACGGCCCGCCAUUUCUGAACUCCAAAACGACGCUCUAUGAUGCAGGCAUCCAUCUGCCUCUUAUUAUCCGUCAGCCUGGUGGUGCUAGAGAGGUGAAGAACCAGAACCUCAUCUCUUUCACAGAUAUUCUGCCGACCAUUCUCGACUGGGCUGGGUAUCGCGAAUCUCCAGAUGCUUCUCCCUCACCCCAGCGUAAGGGCCAAUCCCUCCUACCGAUUCUUUCCAAUCCAUCAGUAGAGGGCAAUUGGGAGAAGGUGUUUGGCUCACACACCUUCCACGAGAUCACCAACUACUAUCCCACUCGCUUCAUCCGCACAAAUCGGUACAAGUAUCAUCGCAACAUAGCUUGGAAACUGGACUUUCCGUUCUCAACGGAUCUAUACGCAUCGCUUUCUUGGGAGGGUAUCCGAAAUAGUCGCGGAGAGCAAGUGACGAUUGGACGGCGCCCGUUGGAAGCGUACAUCCGUCGCCCAGCCGAAGAGCUCUACGAUUUGCAGGAAGAUCCUAAUGAAGUUGUCAAUCUUGCCUUGGACUCGAAGUACGAGACUCUGCUGCUCAGCUUACGAGCAGAAAUGAAGAAAUGGCAACACGACACGCAGGAUCCUUGGCUGGUCCAAGACGGUGUCUCUCUGCUGGAAAUGAAAGGUCACAUUGACGCGGGACUGGAGAUACCCGAUCGAUUUGAUUUUGAUGCUGCGAUACCCGGAUCUAAUAAUUAGAUAAAUAGGGUCGGUUUAAUUUUCUGUUUUCUGUAUUCAUUCUUAAUGGAGGAUUCUGCAUCGACUGCGCUAAGGCCUCCAAUCCUCCCGUCGUGUCAAUAUAUCAUCUCCUCGACCAUGUGCUCGGACUCAA